AACAAGAAGUUAAUUUUUCUUGGGAUUCUGGGUAACCUCAUAAUAAAUUCUCGAUAAUCUCAUAAUAAAUUAUGGGUAACCUCGUAAUAAAUUCUUGGUAUCCCCGUGUAAUGAUUUAACCAGGCAAACAUUGCAUUUGAUUCUUUUAGACCAAGAAUCAUGGCUUCUAGCGAAAAUUAUGAAUUCGGAAGUAGCAGCAAUUUGAGAAUUUCGUUGUUGGAGAAACGAGAAGUGGGAGUGACGAAAGCCCUAGAUCGAAUUAGUAAGUUGCCAGACUCACUUCUUGUUCAAAUUCUCUCCGUUUUGCCGACACAGGAGGCAUUCACAACCUCUAUUCUCUCAAAGAGGUGGCGCUAUGUUUGGCCUUAUGUUGAUAGCUUCAAUUUCACUCGUAAAAAUUAUCUGAAAACAAAAGACUUUGUAUCCUUUGUAGACUAUGUAUUAGCUCGUUCCCUUUCUUCCAAAAUAAAAAGAUUAGAUAUUGACUGCAGCUACCUGCAUCCAUACAAAUCACAUGUUAGCAGAUGGCUUAGUAUUGCUGUUGAAAAAAAUGUGGAAGAUUUUGUAUACCGCUCAAGUUCCAAUAGUAAUGGUUGCACAUUGCCUCAAUCUUUCUACUACUGCUCAUUGGUAACAUUACAUUUGACAUUUUAUUGCUUUGAUUAUGGAGCGGUCAUUAAGUGGAAGUCUCUAAAGAAUAUAAAGUUGGAGUAUGUGGUGUUAUCCGAUGACAACUUUGUGAAGUUAUUGUCUGGUUGUCCUGCUUUAGAAACUAUGGAAGUUGAUAUGGUUGGGGGCUUUAGUCGCUUGGAAAUUAGUUCCUUAAAAAUGAAGAGACUAAAUUUGAAAGGCUUGUUGUAUUUUAGUAUUGGGAAUGAUCACUUCUUGGAAAUUCAUGCUCCAUAUCUUCAUAAUUUGGAGAUUUCAGGAUUUCAUCAGGAAUGUAGGCUGGUAGACGUGUCCUCUGUGGUGAAUGCAAAGCUUACGUUCUACACUAGAUGUACCAAAGAAGUACAUGCUCUUCUUGAAGAAGAUNUUUAG